UGUUUUCACGUUGCCUAUUUUACAUUUAUUGUUCACUUGAUGUCACAGUGGAGCAAAUGAAUCUCCUCGGUGCGUCGGCUCAUGAGUCGAACAGUUGGAUGGAAUGCUUCAAUGCUUCAUGAAGCUUCAUCUUGCCAUCACUGGCAAAGAGUAAUGAUAAAAAAUAUUUAAUGAAAAUGAAAUACAAAAAACCAUAGUAUUCUGGGCAAAAGACAAAAUAUUAAAUCCAAAGAAAUCCAGAAGUAGACAAGAGGCGAGCACAGGGAAACCAGGGUUGCAACAGAGAAGUGACAAGAGUAGACAUGAGGAUUUGGAGAGUAGUGAGUGAAAAAGACAAGCUUAAAUACUGGGAGGUAGAAUGCAGAACAAAAGACCUGGUCUGAUGAGCUAACGGGUUGCAGGGAGCAGGAGGUAGACUGAGGAGAGAGAGAAUACACAGGGUACUAGAAAAUUAAUCUAAUAUAAAGAAUAACUAAACUAAAGAAAUAUAAAUAAAGUAUACAGACAAAGAAUAACUAGAAACAAUAAAUAAACUAGACUUACUAAGAAAGAACUAAACUGGAAAUGGAAUGAGGCAGAACUACUAAAAAAAAAUAAAUAAAUAAAAAACUAAGGCACACAAAAAAUGACAAAACCCAAAACCAAACUCAAACAAUCCCAGAUCCUUGUAAUUGAUGUUCCAAACAUCACCGUCUUUGUUUGCAAUAUUUGAUUCUUCAGUCAAGUAAGGCUUAAAUAAGCUGACAAUUUACCACUGAUCAUUAGGUUAACUUGAUUACUGAAGUUGGGAAACAGGACUUUGUUUCUUUAGUCAUGUACCAGUUCAGCACAGGUUGUUUUAUGCUCUCAACCAACAUGCUCAAAAUCUGACUCACUAAAGCCAGCUGUUCAGUAUGAAUCAUGAUUCUUAACUAUAAAUAAAUAUGUUGGAUUCAGGCCAUGACUCCCCACUAACUCUACAUCUGUUCUCACAUUAUUACAGCAUUUAGAGCUCAGCUUUGUCUCCAACUACAGCUAACUGUGUUCUGUUCCUGGUUUUCUGUAUCUUUUUGUUUUUUUUACUUUUUAUUCAGAGUUUCCAGUGCAAAUCACAUCACAUACAGUACAUCAUACAUGUAGUGCAUAGUACAAACUGUAUAUGUACAACCUCUCAUACUGUGCUCCAUAGCGGCUUUGUUUCUCCACAGUACAGAAAAAGAAAACUAAAUGAGUUUAGAAUAGAGGCGAGUAUCUCCUCCAACAUAGCAGUCGCAAUCCCCAUCAGCAAGUUACCUGAGCCAGUCUGCUGAGAACUUCAAGGCGUAUCUCUUCAAUGUUGUGACAAGUUUUAAAUUUUCUUGAGGACUGAACUCCUCAAGCAAGUCAGUUCUGACUAGUAUGAUUUCCACUUUUUUUCUUAGCAAUAGCUCUUUUGUACCCAUUGGCUAAAGUCAUAGAUUCCACAGAGGUUAUGAAGAGUGAAGAUAAUCUAAUUGCACAAACACAACACUAAGGAGAUAGGUAACUUCAGAGAAUCAUAUUAUGGCACUGUUAAGAAACAGUCAUCAGCAAAAAAUUUACUUUAUAGCAUCAGUGACAUAAAAAACUGUACUUUUCCACUAAAACAAAGGAAAGCACCACUAAAACUGUAGAUACUGAUUCUGUUCUACAUGCAAUAACAAUCCCCUGUAUUGUUAAUAUAUCUGGAAUAAGAUGUGUUGAAAAUUUAAGCCUCUUCUUCCAAAGAAAGCAUCCAGGUCUGCAAACAUAUGUUAUAAUCUGAUAUCAAACUGAAUAUUUUGUGCCACAAUACCAAACAGUGUAUUUGGUACAAGAAAAUGUCAGAGCCACAGUAAAAUGUGAUGAUAUAAGAUUUGACCAGAAGUUUGAGGACAGUGAGAAAACAGACAAACCAGACUACACUAAGCCAGACUAAGAUUAAUUAUUUGGUGUAGGGAGGAAGGAAGCCCUGUCAAGACUGAGUUGCAAAAAUAAUGAGCCAAACCUGUGCCAUAUGCAUCUGUCUGCAGCAUGGAGUGCCAUGUCCCCAUUAAGGAGGCAAACACAGACUGGAUAGCUGCAACUGCUGCAAUGCCUUAACGCCUCUAUGACUGUAGCAUCUGAACUCCACUCUACCAGGGCUUGCAAAGAGUUUGCCAACUUCUUUAGAGAUAACUUAGAAAAAUUAGAGGGCCAGUCAACGUCAACAUCAAAUCCUCUGCCAAUGACAUGCAAAAACAUAACAAAUAGUGAGAAAAUGGCUAAUCACAUUACAAAGGUUUAGAAAUGAGCACAUACUGAAAUAAGCAAAAUGCAAUAGAAACAUUUAGUAAACUAAAUCUGUUGAAGCAAUAAGAAAACUGCAUGAUGAUUUGAAAUGCUGUAAUUUAUGGUAAUUUUUGUUUUCAAAAGUCCUGACUUAAAAAGCUCCUAAAAGGCCCAGCUGUGCUGACAUAGUGAGGAGUCAGAUUCCUGGCAAGUGACAAGCAUCUCUCCUCGCAGUCUCCUUCUGUGAAUGGGACAGACAGAGGAGGCUCUUAACUGUCGAGAGGAGGAAGACAAACUCUGGUAUUCUAAUAAUAGAUGCUUAAAAAUAGCCUCAGGGUUGGGUUUGACAGGGAGAUGAUAACUGCUAUAAUGCAGCUUGAUCAGCUAAAAGAUGACAGACAGACACCCACUGUCACCUGAAUCCAGAUGGAGCAGCCAUAGUCCCAUCCCACUCAGAUGUUGAGUAGUUCACAUUUAUUUCACAGGGUGAUGUGAAGAGUUAAGAAUAAAUACAGAGGAGUGACAUUGAUAAGACAUACCAUGAAGAGGUUGGAAAGAGUGGAGAGUGAUGGCCAGUUUGCUAAAAACCAUAUGAGAUUUUAGAGGGUAAACACUUACUAGAUAAUGAGCAGCAGCAUGGCUUUCUGCUGAAGUGGUGGUUGCCUUGACAAUGUUGAUGGAAAAGGUUAGAAGAAGCUGCUUUGUGUCUGUAUGACUCUAGAGGCAGCAGAUGAUCAGAUGAAAAGAGAUGAAUGUUGAAGUGUGAGGAAGUUAUGUGUGGGAAAGAAAUAUGUGAGGGCGGGCAGGACAUGUACAACCAGGGAGAUAGUGGUGAGGUGUGUGAAGUGUGUGAUCAGAGUGACAGAUGUCUUCAGGGAGGUGAUGGGGAAUGUGUCUGGCAUCAGCUCUCAGUCUCUGGUUAAAAUCACGACAGGCUGAUAAGAAGUCAGGAAGGAGUCUCCAUUGACUAUCUUGUUUUCAUAUGACAUUCUGAUGGCAUCCUUAUGUAUCUGUGGGGAGCAGCCUGGUGAGGAUGAUGUGAACUGAACUGAAAGUCAGAAGAAGACAACAUGUGUGCAAAUGAGGCAGGGAGGGAAGCUGAAAGAUGAAGAGGUUCCACUUUUACCUGAAUUCAACUAAUGAACCUCCACAUCAGUUCUGCGUGUGUUAGAUGUGUCUCUGUUCCAGAACACCUGAUUCAAAUGACUGCAUGACCUCCUCUGUAUGCCAGAAGCCUGUUAAUCACCCACUUAUUCAAGUCAGGUGUCUGGAAGAAGGGAAACACCUAGAAUAUGCUGUGAAAUGGAUCCUGGGGACCGGGAUUCAGAAACACUACUCUAGUGAGACAGUUGCGUUAUCCACAGUUGCUCAGCUUUUUUACAUGGUCAGUUGGACAUAGAGUUGCAGGAGAAUGAGCAGACUAUGAUCCAGUAAAAAGUCCAUGACAUAAACUUGUUUUUAGUAGCACUCAUAAAUCAUAUUACAGUGGCCAGUUAGGUGACUGUGGAAUCUGUUGCUUUACAGGUGCUCAUAAAAAGUAUUCCCUUGAAUUGGAUGUUUUACCUUUUUUUACUGUUUUUUACAGACUUUUUUUAGUCUACACGUUAUAUUUGAUCUGUAAGAUGAAGCUAUGACAGUCAUCUCAUCUCAUUAGCUUAACAGAGAGUUAGCGACUUCAUUGGGUUAAAAUGGUAGAAAAGAUUUGUACAUUAUCAGCAUAGCAGUGAAAAAACAGAUUGUGUUUCACGUUGACAGAUCCUGAAGCCAGAAUGUAGAUAUAAAACAGGACAGAUCAAAAGAAUGGAAAAUUCUGUGACUAACUGAAUUUUCCAAAGAUCCAAUUUUCUGUGGUCUCUCUGUGGGAUCCAGCAGUACCAGUACAUGGACAUGUAGCAUCAGGUGCCCGGCUGAUUUCAUAGUGAAAUUUUAAAAGAGCUGACUCUGCACUGUGUCCAGAUCUGAACCUUGACAACUUCCACUGAGCCAGGUUCUGCUGCAAGGGAAUCGUUUUUUUCCACUCUCACUUCCACAUGGAUGUGUUGCAUUUACUCAAUAAGCAUCAUGCAGUAUGAUCAAGUGAUUCUGAUUGGACUUUAUAAUAUUUGGGGAGAUAUGUAAUAUGAAUGACAUGAAUGCCAUGAUAAAAUUGUAUUAUAUAAUAGUACAACAAUGAUCAUGAUCAUCAUCAUCAUCAUCAUCAUCAUCACUUAUCCUGGUCUGUUUUUAACGCUCAUAUUGUUGCUGUACUUUCAAUCAGCUGUGUGACAUUAGCUUCAGUCUUCAUUUAAAGAGUGGUGAGUGGCGUAUGGUAGUUUCCAAGCAACACGCACUGCCAUGGUCAUACAAACUUGCGUCAUUUCCUACAAAGACUCCAGAGCGCGACCCGUUCCGCGCUCUCUUCCAGCUGCGCUCACAGAGAGCUUCGUCGCAGAAAGGAGAAGAUUCUCUUUUCGUAGAGAUAUUCAUAGUUAGAAUAUGGUUAUGCGGUUUUUCAAAUAGGCUUAUUGAAGAUUCACAUGAAUGAAAACAGUUUUUGUUGCGUUUGAUAUAUUUCAUCUCACCGGACAAUCAGAGUCGCAGCGGUGCGUCCCGUUCAGAACCCCGGUGCAGCUAGUGUUGAGCCUGCAAUAAAGAGAGGACGGAGCAGCAAGUUGCCCUCUGAUUUCGGAGCUGGAGAAACGUAGACCUCAGAUGGGAAAAUGUGUUUCUUUCCGUGACAAGCUGAGCGCACUCCAGCGCCAUUACGCACAUAUAUUACCGGUCACCUGUUGAUGCCUGAAGCUCGGGGAGCUGUUUAAAUUUGUUGGUGGGCGACGUGAAGUGACCGGCGCUGGACCAAAUGCCCGAUCCGUCCACAGGACUGCAUGGCACGCUGUUUCUCCGUUAUGCGGUAGGAUGAGCGCUGAUCUGGAGCGCGCUUCGCCCAACACAUCGGUGAACUCGGCCGGCGUAGGGAGCCGUGCGCUCUCGACAAAUGUCCGAAGGCUCCAUAACACACUCAAUGUGCUGCUAAGUGACCUGGAGAGAGAGCAAUUUAUCCACUGUCUAAAUGUUUACCACGCCAAACGCAACGUUUACGACCUGGUCCAGACUCUCAAAGUGAUUCUCAACACGCCCGCAAAGCGACAGCUGCUGCCCAUGCUGCGUCUCGUCAUCCCCAGGUCCGACCAGCUCCUCUUUGACCAGUACACCUCCGAGGGGCUCUACCUGAAAACAGACCUGCUGCCCAGCAACGGCAGCGCGGAAAGCUUCGGAGAUGAGGGCGAUUCCACUCUGCAGUCGUAUAUCAGCUCAGUCUGCGAGCAGCCUCUCACGACGACUUGUCCGGAACCGACUGUUUCCACGGCCCCGCUCUUCAGCGAGGGCCUCUUCGGAGAAGUGCGUCAAGUUACCCUGACGCGCUCCAGGAGCCAAGAAGGUCUAGGUUUUAGCAUCCGCGGGGGCUCAGAGCACGGCGUGGGGAUCUACGUGUCGCUGGUGGAGCCGGGCUCAUCGGCCGAGAGGGAAGGACUGAGGAUCGGGGACCAGAUAGUAGCAGCGAACGACUCGGUGUUUGACUCUGUCUCUCACACAGAGGCGGUGAAGGUGUUGAAGGGAUGUAAAAAGCUGACCAUGUCAGUGUGCUCAAUGGGUCGCAUCCCAGGAGGCUACAUGACCAACCGAGUGUACAGCUGGCUGGACCCUCAGGGCCGGAGUGUGUCUCCACCACCUGAUAGCCAGGAGGCCGACCUGAGACAAGGACACGGCAUGGAGGAGAGGACGGUCAACCUGAAUAUGGACAACGGUCGCUCUCUGGGUCUAAUGAUAAGGGGUGGGGCUGAGUACGGACUGGGGAUCUACAUCACAGGAGUGGACACUGGAUCUGCUGCUCAUGUUGGUGAACUCAAGGUGGGCGACCAAAUUCUGGAGGUGAAUGGUCAGAGCUUUGUCACUAUCUCCCAUGAUGAGGCAGUUAACAUCCUCAAGUCAGGGCACCACCUACUAAUGAGGUUGAGGGAUGUGGGCCGUCUGCCUCAUGCACGUACAAUUGUGGAUGAGACCAAAUGGAUCUGUGGUCAGGUCAUCGCUGAGACCAAUGCAACAUCUGGCCUAAAUUCUGUCUCACAUCCUAGUGUUGGUGCUGUUGGUCAUGCAAGCAUCAGUGCCAGUGGCAACAAUACAAGACCGUCAUCUGCCAGAGCCACACCUGUAUUUGGAAAGUCGGCAGGGUACAGAGGGGUUAGCCCACCUGGUGCUCAGGUGUCUCUGGAGCAACAGGCCUACAUGCUGCUGACAGAACAGGAGAGGCAGACCAUGGCCUACUACCUGCAGGAGUAUCAGCAAGGACACAUUGAUUUGGAGCCAUUGACCAUGGCUCUUUCUGAGCUUUUCAACACCCAUGCGAAGUUGUCCUUGUUGUCUGAGGUCAGGAGUCUAGUGGCUCCUCAGGAUCUGGAGGUGUAUGACAGGCUGGUGUUGCACCAUCAAAGAGAGGCUCAUCAGGCCUGGCCAGGAGGUCUCAGAGUGCUACAUCCAUCAGGCCAUUGCAGCCAUGCAGCUCUUGUGAUACAUGAUGCAGGACAGAUCAGCCAUCCAGUGGCUGAAGCUUCCACUGGCAACUGGAUAGAAAAAGAACAAGAAAAGAACAGGAAUGGCUUCCGAAACAUUUCACUGGAUGAAGCGAGGUCUUCUCCUCCACCUUUCAGGGCUGCGCCUGUCCAGGCCCAGAAUAUUCAAAUGAGAGACAAAGAGCUGAGUCAGCGGCCCGCAGCCCGGCUGCUCCAGCCCAGUUCCAGUGUACCCCUUCCUGGUCCCACUCGGCUGCUUCAAGAAUGCUUCCACAAGUCACUAAAGUCCUUCCCUACGUCCCAGCAGCCCUUCUCAACAUCUGCCCAGCAUACAUGUGCUGCUACAAAACAUCAUACAUCUCUCGGUACACUCCAACAUACCUGCCAGAGCACCCCUCACCUCUCUGGCUCAGAACAAUACACCCAUUCACACUUCACUCAGCAUGCUGGCCACUUCAACCGGCUCACUUCAGGACACCAAACAUGUCCGGGCUUCCUGCACCAUCGGGACUCCUCCAUAUUUGUUCAACCAGAGGCAGCAGUAAAACUUUCUUCGCGGUCAAGCUCAUAUGAAAAGUCAUCUGUUUUUUCAAAGUCUGCCUCCUCCUCUAAAGAAGCAUCUCCAAUGCCAUCACCUCAUCCAUCACCGCGUCCUUCGCCGUGUCCUUCCCCAUGUCCCUCUCACAUGAUACCUGCCUCUCUAUCAUGUAGUCCAGACCGGCCAUGCUCACCUGCCCUCACCCACAAAAUCAUCGUUACAGACAUGAACCGGCUGUCUGCAGACUCCAGACAACAGCAAAGAGGUGCCCUGUCUCAGUUGUCAGACAGUGGUCAGACUCUGAGUGAAGACAGCGGUGUAGAUAUAGGAGAGACCGGCGGUCUAACUAAGGAUGGCAGCCCAAGACCAACCAAAAAUAAGCAGGGUCAUCUGGAACUCCAAGGGGCCCACACGCCUCCUACAGGGGCCACAAGACAAACAAGCUCACCUAUUUCAGCACUCAACACUGCCUUAGUCAGAGUGGUGAAAAAUUCCAACACGUUGGGCAUUGCUAUAGAGGGAGGAGCGAAUACAAGACAACCUUUGCCACGCAUUGUGACCAUUCAGAAAGGAGGCUCAGCUCAUAACUGUGGCCAGCUGAAGGUUGGCCAGGUCAUCCUAGAAGUCAACGGAAUUUCCCUGAGAGGACAGGAACAUGAAGAGGUCGCCCGAAUCAUUGCUGAAGCUUUCAAGACCAAAGAGAAGGACCACAUUGACUUCCUGGUGGCUGAGCUAGGGUUCUAGAAAAAAGACAGUCACUCAGUACACUUUAAUUGGAAAAGAUGUUGUUAUGCACCAUUGAGAACUCUCAAUUAACACCCUCUAUUAAACAUCCUGAUUUCAUUUCAGGGUUAUGGAUACCACAAAGGUGUGUUGGAUUUCUGCUAACAGCUCUCUAUAGAAAUUUGUACAAGCUAAUUAUAAAAAAGGAUAUUAGAUUAAUAUUUAAUAUUUCAUAAAUAAUAACUUAGUCAAAUGUUAUUAGUUUAGUUUUAUAACAGGAAAUAUUCUAACUGUGUAUGUGUUCUGUUUAUUAUGUCAGUGAGAGGGAAAAAUAAUAUUAAGGCAGAAAAAAAAUCUCAUCACACAAACCAUUUUAAAAAUCAAGGGAAAAGAAAUAAUAAUAAUGAAUGCAAUAAUGGAGAAGAAAGAAAUAGGCAGAAGUGUUGCUACUUCUUAAUUUGGCAAUACAUUUAGAGAAUGUGAUUUGUAAAAUAUUACUAUCACUAACAUUUAACUAACUUCAAAUCAAAAUUCAGUAGAGAACAUGUCAAUUUUGAAGAUGCAGCAUUCUCCAACUAAAAGAAUACUUAAAUGUUGACUCAAAAAGCUGAUGGAUAGAAAUGGAAAGUCAGCUCCUCACUGUCACUGGACAACUGAUUAGUUCAGACAGAGAAAAACUGUUUUUAGGCCUCCAUUUCCAGUUAUAGAAAAACGAAAGUUUUCAUGAGUUUUCCUUUAUUCUACAGCUUGUAGAAGCACCAUUAGCAGCAAUAGUUGUUCAUAAUUAUCUUGUGCAUGAUGUUAUUCAUUUCUGAUGGUAAUUUCUGCCUUCGGCGACAUCUGGAAUCUUUUCAUAAUCUAAUUUGGUUAACUCAGUGACAUCAAGGUGAGCAGAUCCUAAGGCUGCAGAACAUGCCUUAAUUAACUACCUCUAACCUUGAAAGCUAGAAUGAUACAUUGAAUUUAGCUUUGAAUCAGCAUUAUGGCCACUUUCCACUCUCAUUUGGAGUGACUUGUCAUAGAUUCACAAGUCUUAUGGUUCAUCAUUAAAGUCUUAAAUCCAAUUGCCAAAUUCAUUUUAGACAGGAGGUUUUCUUUUGGCAAACCUUUUGAACGAGUCAUAUUCAGUCCAUCACUUGCCUAUAUUGCUGCUGUUAACGUUAACAUUUAGCAUGCUAACUGGGGUCUACAGAGCAGGGGAGGUUAGGGAGGAAAAGUUAGGACAAUUCCGAUGGCCCCUGACUGACAAAGAGCUCUGCCACAAAAUAAUUGUUUUUUUAUCAUUUUUUUUUAUUUUCCUAUUGAAAUAGAAAACAAUUUGGGGGCCUUGUCAGUAACAACAUUUAUAUAUAUAUUUUUAAUUCCCAGACCAAAAAUCACACAUUCAUAUUUGCACUGAAUCCUCCCCCCACCCCCCUCCGGAUCUGUAUGAAAUGAUUUGAUCCUGUUUUGCACACUCGAUGGUGAAGGUGUUCAGCAGCAAUCAGUAGAAAAGAAAAACGACUACGGCAGUUACUAUGCUGCCAAGAAAAUUAAUAAAAUCAGGUUUUCAAAAAGAGAG